AUGGCGGACUCAAACAAUGACCAUUUGGUCAAAUCAGAUGACCCGGACCAUCCAGCAAACCUGAUACCUAGACUGUGUAGGCAGUUCUAUAGCCUUGGAUGGGUCACUGGAACCGGUGGUGGCACUAGUAUCCGAAAAGAUCAACAUGUCUACAUUGCCCCCUCGGGUGUGCAGAAAGAGCUUAUCAAGCCGGACGACAUGUUCGUCCUUUCUUACCCGACGCCAAAAUAUCCCCCGUCUGCACGGCAGUAUAUCCGGAAGCCCUAUGAGCUGAAGCCGUCCGCUUGUACGCCACUCUUCCUCGCGGCUUUCGACCGAGGUGCGGGCUGCUGUAUUCAUACCCACUCCCAAUGGUGUGUUCUUGUUACUCUUCUGGUCGAGAAGAUGCAUGGCAAGGACGCUUGCUUCGAGAUCAGCAACAUCGAGCAGAUCAAGGGGAUUCCAAAAGGCCCGGGAAAGGGAAUGCUCGGCUUUCAUGACACGUUGCGGGUGCCCAUUAUUGAGAAUACGCCGUUCGAGGAGGAUUUGACCGAGUACUUGGAGAAGGCUAUGGAACAGUAUCCGGAUACCUAUGCUGUGCUAGUCCGACGACACGGGAUUUAUGUUUGGGGUGAUGCAGUCGCCAAAGCCAAAACCCAGUGUGAAAGCCUGGACUAUAUAUUUCAGCUGGCGGUUGAAAUGCACCGGCUUGGUCUGCCUUGGACGAUAUAA